CGCGUCCGUAUAUUAAUUGAAAUGCCUGCAGGCGAAGAGGACCGUUUGUUUCCCAGCUGUACAUCACAUUGUGCCUCCUUUACUUCUGAGUACUUUUUACUGAACCAGUGAGGGAUUUUUGUGUGUGUGAGGGAUCACUGCGCUAUCAUGAAUCCGCCCUGUGGAAGAUGCAAUAAACCAGUUUACCCCACAGAAAAAAUAAACUGCCUCGAUAAGUAUUGGCACAAAGGUUGUUUCAGCUGCGAGGUGUGCAAGAUGGCGCUGAGCAUGACGACCUACAAAGGCUUUGAGAAGAAACCUUACUGCAGUAUGCAUUACCCCAAAACCUCGUUCACCAUAGUGACCGACACCCCCGAGAACCUGCGUCUCAAGCAACAGAGCAUGCUCAACAGCCAGGCGCUCUAUAAGGAGGAGUUUGAAAAGAACAAGGGGAAAGGUUUCAGCGCGGUGGCCGACACGCCGGAGAUGCAGAGAGUGAAGAAGACACAAGACCAGAUCAGUAACGCUCUUUACAAGGAGGAGUUUGAAAAGAGCAAGGGGAAAGGUUUCAGCGUGGUGGUCGACACGCCAGAGAUGCAGAGACUGAAGAAGACACAAGACCAGAUCAGCAACAUAAAGUACCAUGAGGAAUUUGAGAAGAGCAGGAUUCGAAGUGACGCACCUCCUCCAGAAAACAGACAAGAAGAAGAAGUGCAACCAUCCAGCCCUGAGCGAUUCACUCAGCCGGUCGGACAAAUGCGUCCUGCUGCUGUAGCACCACCUGGUGGAAGGAAAGGUUACCAGGCCGUGUACAGCUACACGGCGGCGGAGGCAGACGAAGUUUCCCUGCAGGAAGGCGACCUGAUCUCGGACGUGGAGCAGAUAGACGAGGGCUGGAUGUUCGGAUGCAACCAGCGCACGGGGCAGCGAGGCCUGCUGCCCGCCAACUACGUCCGACCCGUCUGAGGCAAACGCGCCCGUCCAACACACGUGAGGCGGCUCACCUCCAGCACCAGCAAUCAGGCUUCUCAGAAAGUUUUUAAAAACUUCCCAGACUGGUUAUGCUUUGUCUUUUUCUCUCUUUUGUGUUUAAAUAAAAGUAAAGAAGACGUCCAGGGAUUAUGGGUUUUUGAAAAGUGGGAUUAAAGAAAUUUCACUUUAUGGAAGAAAAAUAAAAAAAAAAAAAAAGGUUGCAGUGAAACCCACAGAAAGAGGAAACGACACAGGAAAACAGAAUAUUAAACCUACAGUCAACGACAAUAAUUCAUGUGUUAUUUUUCUAUUUCUCAGGUAACAUUUACCUUCUUAUGUACACCUUUCAGCGGUGCAGCCCGAACGAAGCCGCUUCAGGUGUAAUUUGUCAGUAUUUCUGCAGUCCAGAGUGUUUUUUAAAACCCGUUUAUUACUACUAUUGAGAAUGAAAAAAAAAAAAAAAAAAAAUCACAGAUUAAUGAUUUGGCCAUGUGAGCCGAUUUGAUUAAAAGAGGAAUAUUUAAACAUUGGAGUGUUUUACUCUCAUUGUUCUUCCUGGAAAUGAUAAACAUCACACCAAUAUACAACAUGUCGAUACCUUUAUUCAAAAACAGAUUGCACAUCACAUCACUACAAGGAGUAAAACUGUACCUAAUCUAAACCAGGUGUUUAAAAUAAGGCCAAAAACAACUUUAUUUAUAAAUUAUGUUUAAGUUAAAACAAACUUUAGCAUGUUUUUUUUUUUUAAUAAAUCAUUAAA